UACUGACCGGACGGAGGUGGGCACUACUAACAAAGCUUUCUCCCCUUUAACAGAGAUAUCCCAAUGCCACUUGUGAGCUCUGGAGUAGAACAUGGGAAUCUGCGAGAGCUGGCACUUGCUCGAAUGAAGGAUUUGGGCACAGAGUGUCGGGAUGUACGAACUAGGGAGGUUGGGAUUCAGGAAAUCCAUCACAAAGUGAGACCCUAUCAGGUGGAAUUGGUGCGCAGAGACUAUGUUGCGAACAGCGGCUGGGAGACGUUCCUGUCCUACGAGGACCCUCAACAAGACAUUCUCAUUGGGCUGUUGCGCCUGCGGAAGUGCUCACCGGAGUCGUUCCGGCCCGAGCUGAAAGGGGGCGUCUCCAUUGUGAGAGAGCUACAUGUCUACGGCAGCGUGGUUCCCAUCAGCAGUAGGGACCCUGGCAAAUUCCAGCACCAGGUACUCGUGAAUGGCAGAGUGGGAAACUAAUGAGACAAUGAGAAAGUG